AGCAGCAGUCACCUUCCAACCCCUGCGCCUCUUUUCUCCAGUGCAGGACAGAGAGGAGGACCGACGACAGGGAGAGACAUCUGGACAUCUUAAGGUCUCUCACUGUCUCUCUCCCUUCUCCCUCUGCUGCCUGCUAUUGGAGCUUUUUCUUUUCUUUUCGUUUUUUUUUUAACACAGCGGUAGCUCCGCAGAGGCAGACCCGCCUGUGCGAGCGUCAGAGUCGGGCAGAGCUGCGCUGCGUCCCCGGGUGCUGUGGUGAUGAGGCUGUUGGUGCACGGAGCCAACCAGCGUUGAAGAAAGAGCUCAGCUGCAGCAGAAAAAGAAGAGCACGAGCAGAAGAAGUGGAGAGUGUGCGAGAAGUGUUGUCAGCUAUCAUUUCCACUAUAAGGAUGCAUCUUCUCAGUGCCAUGUUCCUACUUGUGAUGUCAGCUGUCAUGCCUUGCCAGGCGCUGUACCCGAGCCCGGAGGAAGGCUGGCAGAUCUACAGCUCGGCGCAGGGCGCAGAUGGGAAGUGUAUCUGCACGGUGGUCGCGCCGGCCCAGAACAUGUGUAACCGCGACCCACGCAGCAGGCAACUCCGCCAGCUCAUGGAGAAGGUCCAGAACAUAAGCCAAUCCAUGGAGGUGCUAGACCUGCGGACCAACAGGGAUCUCCAGUACGUGAGGGAGACUGAAGGAAUGAUGAAGGUGGUGGAUGGAAGGCUCAAGGUGGCCUCGGAGAAUCCCCGAAGUCUCAAUCCAAAAGGCUUUCAGGAGUUAAAAGAUAAGGUGGGAGAGCUCGUCCGUCGCCUCCCGGUGCUGGAACAGUACAAAUCCGACACCAAGAUGAUCCUGCGCCUGCGAGAGGAGGUGCGGAACCUGUCCUUGGUACUGAUGGCUAUCCAGGAGGAGAUGGGCGCCUACGACUACGAGGAGCUGCGCCAGAGGGUCCUGCUGCUGGAGACUCGCCUUCACUCCUGCAUGCAGAAGCUGGGUUGCGGGAAGCUCACCGGCGUCAGUAAUCCCAUUACGGUGCGAGCGUCUGGGUCCAGGUUCGGCUCCUGGAUGACAGAUACGAUGAUCCCCAGCUCUGACAACAGAGUGUGGUCCAUGGAUGGUUACUUCAAGGGGCGUAGAGUCUUGGAGUACCGCACUAUGAGUGACUUCAUGAAGGGCCAGAACUUUGUCCAGCACCUUCUCCCGCACCCCUGGGCAGGGACGGGCCAUGUGGUCUACAACGGCUCGCUGUACUACAACAAGUACCAGAGCAACAUCAUCAUCAAGUACCACUUCCGCUCUCGGAGCGUGCUGGUGCAGCGCAGCCUGAGCGGCGCCGGCUACAACAACACCUUCCCCUACUCCUGGGGCGGCUCCUCCGACAUUGACCUGAUGGCUGACGAGAACGGGCUGUGGGCGGUUUACACCACCAUCCCCAAUGCGGGGAACAUCGUCAUCAGCCGCCUGGAGCCGCAGACUCUGGAGGUGCUGCAGACGUGGGACACUGGCUUCCCCAAGCGCAGCGCCGGCGAGUCCUUCAUGAUCUGCAGCACGCUAUAUGUCACCAACUCCCACCUGGCCGGUGCCAAGAUCUACUUUGCCUACUACACCAACACGUCCAGCUACGAGUACACAGACAUCCCCUUUCAUAAUCAGUACUCACAUAUCUCCAUGAUGGACUACAACCCCAGGGAGAGGGUCCUCUACACCUGGAACAAUGGACAUCAGGUGCUCUAUAACGUCACACUGUUCCAGGUUAUUAAGACUUCUGGGGAUUGAGAGCCCAUCUUAGACUGACUACAACAGAUGCUGUAUACAAUGUUGGGGGGAGGGGCUAGAGGGUAUAAGUUGAGGUGAGGGGUAUUUACGUGUCAGUGGGCUUGUAUUUUUUAUGACAUCUUCAUAGAGUGCUAUUAUUCACAAAACACAGCAAGGUCGGUAACAGUACAGAAAAGAUUGAGCAUUUCUGUUUUCUUUUUGUGAUGAGUAAGCAUGGUUCAUUUUAGUUGUGAUGAGAAAUAAAUAUCAGUCUUUAACAUUUAUCACCUUGUGGUUCUUUGUACUGCCGCUCAUGCAAAAGCAAUAGGCUUCUUCCACUGAUGUCGAAAAGGAGCAUAUCCAUUGUUUGUAACCAAUAAUAAUCUUCGUAAUUAUUUUUAUCCAAGAGGAGACUGAGGGCAAAGGGAAAAUGGACAAAGCGGAGACUGCGCAGCGAAAGGCUCUGUCCCAUACUGCCGUUUAAUGAUUCUAUCUAAAUAUUUACGUCAGACAGUGUCAUAUGGUGGCAACUUCAGAUUUUUGGGCCAUGGAUGGUAGAUAGAACAGCCUGAGCAACGUCCAAAUACAUCUCAGAAAUGACUGCUGUAUAAGUGUAAAUUAUGUCUUCAUCAUACUUGUCAACAAUUGCAUUUCAAAAUACGUGAGAAAAAGAAAAAAACGAAGUUUUUAAGAGCCAAUAAGAAGCUAUAAAGGAACUCACAACAAGCUUGUCAACCCAUCACAAAUCGCACAAGGUCAUCUUAGAUUGAAGGCUAAAAUCAUCACACAGCAACUUAACACUCAAAAUGUAGCUACAAAAUACAGUAUAUUUCUUACAAAGUAAUUUCUUUAUUCCCAUAAUAUUUUCUCAUAA